AUGAUCUAUACGAUGACCGACAAAUAUGUGUAUUUUGUGAGAAUUCCUACUAGUCAGAUUUUAUCAGUUGGAAGCGUGGAUCGCCUUACUGAGUUUUACCACACUGCUGCUGAUCGAUUGGCUCGCAUGGAUAGCAGAACUUUUAGAAAUGCAGUGAGCUCCACGAUACCCCCUUCAAAAGGACGAGUUGUCAUGCUGCACAGUCCGCCGUAUUGUGGAGGUAGUUUACUUGGUGGGCUGCUCAGGAGCAUUGAUCAAACGCAAAGGCACUUACUUGUGCAUGGAGAACCUCCGGUGCUGAAUGCCCUUUCAGUACUUGUUCAACUCUUGCCAAUCGAGACCAUGCGGUCGAUUACGUUCGCUGCGUUACGUUUCACAGUGCGGCAUAUCGAUAGGGAUCAGGUUGUUGUGAUGAAAGUGAGAUCAUGUUGUACAAAGAUCGUGCCUUAUGUCCAUGCAAGCACACCGUCCAUUCAACAUCUCUACGUCACCUCAAAGGAUCCGAAUGUUGGCAUCGCAAAACUCGUUUCCACCAACUUCUCAACAUUUAAUAUGCCGGAAGUCGUUCGCAAAGUUGGACCGAGUAACCCUUACGAAUUCGCAUUGGCUCAAGUAAUGGGCUGCAUUAUCAGUUAUCAGAGAAACCUGAAGUAUUUCGCUCUCGAAGCAAUUUACGCCGAAGACUUGAUUGACGAUCCGAUGCCUGUGAUGCAUCCUGUACUUGACGUAUGUGGAGUGUUUCUUCGAAUUCCAGCAAGUGUUAUAGACUGGCUGAACGACCAAAGAGAAGAGUCUCGGGUUCAGACCUCAUCCAUGAAUUCGGUAUUGAGCGAUGUUCAACGCUCGCGAAUGCGCCUACUACUGGAUUAUUUACAACAAGAUUGGUGUAUAUGA